CAGAGAGAGUGGAGCUGGCAGCACAGCAUCACAGAGAGAGUGGAGCUGGCAGCACAGCAUCACAGCCAAUGACCUCAGUGGUUCUGCAGCAGAGAGAGAGAGAAGUGAGAGAGAGAGCGGGUGAGAGGGGGAGGGGGAGAGAAGCGGUAAUGGUAUGACACACUCCUAAUCUAUAACCGGAGACGCAGACGGGACAGGACUGGACCAAGAGUGUUCGGUGCAGCUCCCGGAGCGUCUGUCUCUGCGCAAGAUGCUCAGCAGAACCGGGGAAAACCUAUCGACCGAUUAAAUACGUCAGUCCCUGUUAGGUUAAGGAAGAGAGUCAGAAUGACUAUCCCCAAAGAUAUUCCUGAAAAGUGGUUCCCCAUCGUUCUUCCACUGCAACAGAAGAAACAACAAGGACUAGCUGCUAAAACCAAGAAGACGUGGACAGAGGAGGAGAGGAGGGUCCGGGCCAAUGACAGAGAAUACAACGAGAAGUUUCAGUAUGCGAGUAACUGUAUUGUGACGUCUAAGUACAACGUCAUCACCUUUCUGCCCGUCAACCUGUUUGAACAGUUCCAGGAAGUGGCCAACACCUACUUCCUCUUUCUGCUCAUACUGCAGUUGAUUCCUCAGAUCUCAUCUCUCUCCUGGUUCACCACCAUAGUGCCUUUAGUCCUGGUGCUCAGCAUCACUGCAGUAAAGGAUGCCACCGACGACUAUUUCCGUCACAAGAGUGACAACCAGGUGAACAACCGGCAGUCUCAGGUCGUCAUCCACGGCUCUCUUCAGAAGGAGAAGUGGAUGAAUGUAAGAGUGGGUGAUAUCAUUAAACUGGAGAAUAACCAGUUUGUGGCAGUAAGUGCUGACCUUCUCUUACUGUCCAGUAGUGAACCUCAUAGCCUCUGUUACAUCGAGACAGCAGAGCUAGAUGGGGAGACCAAUAUGAAGGUGCGUCAGUCUCUGUCUGUGACUGCAGAGCUGGGAGACCCCAACAGCCUGGCCUCUUUUGAUGGUGAGGUGGUCUGUGAGCCUCCCAACAACAAGCUGGACAGGUUCUGUGGUCUUCUGUGCUGGAGAGAUUGUAAAUACCCCCUGAGCAACCACAACAUGUUACUACGAGGCUGUGUUCUCCGCAACACAGAGACCUGCUACGGACUGGUCAUCUUUGCAGGCCCAGACACCAAGCUGAUGCAGAAUAGUGGUCGCACCAAGUUCAAACGCACAAGCAUCGACCGCCUCAUGAACACACUGGUGCUCUGGAUUUUUGGCUUCAUGGUGUGUAUGGGUGUGAUCCUGGCUGUGGGGAAUGCUGUGUGGGAGAGAGAGGUGGGUUCUCUGUUCCAGAGUUACCUUGCCUGGGACCUGCCUGUAGACAACUUCCUGUUCUCUGCUUUCCUCUCCUUCUGGUCCUACGUCAUCAUUCUCAACACCGUGGUGCCCAUCUCACUCUACGUCAGUGUGGAGGUGAUUAGGCUGGGUCAUAGUUACUUUAUAAACUGGGACAGGAAGAUGUUCUGUCCACAGUGUAACACAGCAGCUGAAGCCAGGACCACCACUCUCAACGAGGAACUGGGACAGGUGGAGUACAUCUUCAGUGACAAGACAGGAACUCUCACUCAGAACAUCAUGAGCUUCAGCAAGUGCUCUAUCAAUGGACAUGCCUAUGGUGAGGUGAUCGACCCGUUGGGAGCACAGCCAAAGAGGCUAGACUUCUCCUCCUUCAACCCCCUGGCGGACCCUGACUUCUGUUACUAUGACAACGGUCUGCUGAAGUCGGUGAAGCUGGGAGACCUUCACAGCCACGAGUUCUUCCGGCUGCUUUCCCUCUGUCACACCGUCAUGAGUGAGGAGAAGAAGGAGGGAGAGUUGAUGUAUAAGGCCCAGUCUCCAGAUGAGGGUGCGUUGGUGACAGCAGCCAGGAACUUUGGUUUUGUGUUCCGGUCUAGAACCCCUGGUACUGUCACUGUGACAGAGCUGGGCCGACCCGUCACAUACACACUGCUGGCCAUCCUCGACUUCAACAACAUCCGCAAGAGGAUGUCCGUUAUAGUGCGUAACCCAGAGGGGAGGAUCCGUCUAUACUGUAAAGGAGCUGAUACUCUGUUGUUUGAGAGGCUCCACUCCUCCAACAAUCACCUGGUGAACAUCACAACAGAUCACCUUAAUGAGUAUGCUGGGGACGGUCUGCGGACCCUGGCCCUGGCCUACAGAGACCUGUCAGAGGAGCAGUGGGAGGAGUGGUCAGAGAGACACCGCCAAGCAGACAGAGCUACAGACUGUAGAGAGGACAGACUGGCUGACAUAUAUGAACACAUAGAACAGGACAUGAUGCUCCUGGGAGCCACAGCCAUAGAGGAUAAGCUACAGGAGGGAGUUCCUGAGACCAUCGCUAUCCUCUCUCUCGCUAACAUCAAGAUCUGGGUCCUCACGGGAGACAAACAGGAGACAGCAGUUAAUAUAGGUUACUCCUGUAAGAUGCUGACUGGUGAUAUGACUGAGGUGUUCAUCAUCAGUGGAAACACAGUGCUGAGUGUUAGAGAGGAACUCAGGAGAGCGAGGGAGAGGAUGAUAGAGUUUGCCCGUACCAGAGAGGGAGAAAAGGAGGAGGGGAUGGAGGGAUGGGGCAAGGCCUGUUCUCUGGGGAAUGGGUUUGGGGGAGACGGGGGUGGAGAUGGGAGAGAGUGGCCCUCCGUGGGGGACAAACAGCAGCAGUGUCCCCCUCCCCCUGGCCCUCCCGCCCCUCGACCCCCCUCCUCAACCACGCUAGACUCCAUAUCUGGAGAGUUCGCCCUCGUCAUCAACGGACAUAGCCUGGCCCAUGCGUUGGAGGCUGAUAUGGAGGGGGAGUUUGUGUCUACAGCGUGUGUCUGUAGAGCAGUGAUCUGCUGCAGGGUGACUCCUCUACAGAAAGCCCUGGUGGUGGAGCUCAUCAAGAAACACAAGAAAGCUGUCACCCUGGCCAUAGGAGACGGGGCUAAUGAUGUUAGCAUGAUCAAGACGGCUCAUAUAGGAGUGGGCAUCAGUGGUCAGGAGGGCAUCCAGGCAGUGCUGGCGUCUGACUACUCCUUCUCCCAGUUCCGCUUCCUCCAGCGCCUGCUGCUGGUCCACGGACGCUGGUCCUACCUCCGCAUGUGUCGCUUCCUCUGCUACUUCUUCUACAAGAACUUUGCCUUCACCAUGGUGCACUUCUGGUUUGGCUUCUUCUGUGGCUUCUCUGCCCAGACAGUAUAUGAUCAGUACUUCAUCACUCUCUAUAACAUCGUCUACACCUCUCUCCCCGUGCUGGCCAUGGGAAUAUUUGACCAGGACGUCCCAGAGCAGCGUAGUCUGGAGUAUCCUAAGCUGUAUGAGCCAGGUCAGCUUAACCUGCUGUUCAACAAGAGAGAGUUCUUCAUCUGUAUAACCCAGGGUAUCUACACUAGUGUUGUGUUGUUCUUCGUACCCUAUGCCAUCCUGUCCCACGGAACCCAGGGCACCGGGGAACCCCUCGCUGACUACCAGACCUUUGCUGUUACCACGGCCACCGCCCUGGUGAUCGUGGUCAGUGUGCAGAUUGCUCUGGACACAGGCUACUGGACAGCCAUCAACCAUUUCUUUGUGUGGGGCUCUGUGGGCUCCUUCUUCACCAUCAUGUUGGCUAUGCACAGCCAGACUCUAUUCAGCAUCUUUCCCAACCAGUUCCACUUCGUAGGCAGUGCCCAGAGCACACUGGUCCAGCCGCUGGUGUGGCUGACCAUCGUCUUGGCCACAGUGAUCUGCAUCGUUCCAGUUCUGGCUUUCCGAUUCCUCAAACUGGACCUGAAACCACAGCUCUCUGAUACGGUGCGUUACACCCAGCUGGUGCGUCAGAAGACGAGGAAGCCAGCGGGUCGAUGCAUGGGAGGAGUCAGGGUCGGGGGCGUGCCUGAGGGUCGUCUGGGGGCGAGGGGCGGGUUCAGGAGGUCAGGAUAUGCCUUUGCCCACCAGGAGGGCUUUGGGGAGCUCAUCACCUCUGGGAAGAACAUGAGACUGUCCUCCCUGGCCCUGGCCAACUUUGCCUCCAGACACAGCUCCAGCUGGAUAGACACCCUGCGCAAAAAGAAACACUCAAAUACACAUCCCCCGCAGAACGCCUCAGGAGAGAGCAGCCCGGCACCUAGCUAUGUGUCGGGAUCGGCUCCCCCCCUGUCUAAUUCAUCCUCUCUCCUGGGGGGGUCACAGGAUACUCCCCUGGAGGAGGGAACACACACGCUGCCUGUCAUACUCCCACAGGUGGCUUCUGGCCCUCCCACAAACACACCAGCGUUAGCUCCAGCCCAUGUCCCCUCUGCUGACGCUCUCACUCCCACCUCUGUGAGGAGUCCUGGGGGAGACUUGGUUGGUGGCUGGAACCUUAGUCUGGGCGCUGUACAGGAUGCUCUAUUUGGUUGGAGGGGCAUCGCCUAUCGCACCAGCGGAACCAGCAGCCCGGGACCUCCCCCUGUUCCCAAGGAAACCAACCACACCAUGUGAGACGGACAGACAGAUGGACAGAUGAUAGAAAGAAGAAGGACAGGCUGUCAUAUCCCACUGGAUUAUCUUGGAAUAUGUGAAGAAAUCCUGCAUUUGGAAGUUUGGAAUACUGAAGGUGGAAUGUUUGGAAUGGCACUCACCCUGGGUUAGGAAGAGAUCCAAAGUGGCAGCCAUUGUAGGCGGAAGGCAUACACACCCAUCAACACCCACUGGCAUUUGUAUGACACUGUCGUUGCAAUAGUGUUGGUACAUAUAUGUGUCCGUCUGAAAGAUAGUGUGUGGUAGUUGUGAUAGACGUGCUCAGACUACCCACAGCCCACUUCUCUGUCUUCUUCAACCAAUGAGGCAGGCUGAAAGAAGCACUUCUUCAUGCAAAUGAUGUAACCAUCUGCUGAAGAGCUUGGUACCACAGGGUUCCGGACAGAAACCCCGCUCCAACAGCACCCCUGUGGUUCAGACAUGACUAUACUAUUUAUACAAUGGAUCAUAUGUCAUAACAUCAUAUCAGAUUGGUUCAAAACAAAGUAUUGAAUUGAGUCUUUAUGACAGAAGAGAGGUUCAUUUGAUCAUCAGAAAGGUGGUGAAUUGAGUCUUUAUGACAGAAGAGAGGUUCAUUUGAUGGUCAGAAAGGUGGUGAAUUGAGUCUUUAUGACAGAAGAGAGGUUCAUUUGAUCAUCAGAAAGGUGGGGAAUUGAGAUGAAAUAGCAGAAUGAGUGUUUUUUAUGAUCAGCUGCUGUUAGACAUAGUACUCCAUUACACCUGUCUGUAUCCAGCUGUUAACCAAUCAUAAACAUGUCUUUAAUAGGCCAAGUAAUGUUAUCUACCUUCUCUAAUAAUGUAUGACAGCGUGUAAACCAAUGCAGUAGUGUAGAGCUGUCCCUCUAACCUGUACAGUCUGUAUGAGGAAUGUCUCUAGAACCUUAUCAGUGGUCCUGGUCUUUGUAUUCAUGAUUACAUAUUGCUGUGUCAUCAUGCCCAAAGGCUUAGUCAAACCAGACAGGCUGCACCAUCCUACACUCUUAUGGGUACAUACUACUGUACAUUCUCUAUCCGUCUGCCUGACUGAAAUGUUCACAUACAUAGUCCGUCUGUUGUUUUAGCCAAUAACUUGGCAGGACACUGAGGGGUUCAGUCAGCCAACCAAUGACUGAAGAAUGCAGGAUGUUGUCCUUGCUGGAAUGUUGUAGUAUAUGUCAUCAUAAGUUCAUGGGCAGAGUUUCUGUGUUCACUAUAGUUCUCAGUGAGAACGCCAUUUUAACCUUACAGGACACAGCAAGACUCCUCUUCGUCAUGUUCUUCUUCAUCCUCCUCCACUGCACCAUAUUGGUGACCUGCUGCUGGGCCCACAGACAGAACUACAGUUAUAUCUCUGACUCUGAGCCCCACCCGUACUGGGCUUAAGAGAGAGGAGAUGGACUUCUAACAACAACCUGGGCCUCCAUGUUGCUUUGGGGCGGACUGACUCUGAGGCGUUGUGAGAGACUAUGGACAAUAAGCCCUCUAUGGCGUCCAUGUUGCUUUGGGGCGGACGGAGGCUUGGGAGGGGUGGAUCAGGGUUAUUAUUAUUAAGCCUUAAUAAAUCCACAGUAAUGAUGAUCAA